AUCGGCAAAGCCUGCGAGGCCUGCCGGGUCCGGAAAACGAGAUGCGACGGCAGCGAACCGUGUGCCCGCUGCAUCAACCGGAACGUCUCGUGCGUCUACCGUACUCGGACCAGGAACCGGCCGCGCAAGUCGCAGGCGCCGGCCGCGGCCACGGUGGCCUCGUCGGCCUCGAGCAACUCGGACGACACGCCCGGAUCGUCUCACUCGGCCCACGAGUCGCAGACCAGCAAGCCCAAGGACGACAACAGCUGGGGCUUCCACGUGCACAGCGUGGCCGCCAUCACGACGUCGCCAUCGUCCAUCAUCCAGCUGCACUACGGGCCGUCGUCCAACUUCUCCAUGCUGCACUCCAUCUACCGGCUCAUCACAGGCAUCCAGACCCCACUAACACGGCGUGAGGAGGUGGCCCAGGUCGGCCCCGGGCUGGAUCUGUUUCAGAACCGGCAGCUCUUCUUUGGCGACUUGGCCGACAGCAAGUCGACGACAAUAUCAAACGACUACUCCGGCAUGUUCCUCAACAGAGAGCUGUGCGAUCGCGUGCUGGAGCGGUAUCUGGCCACCUACUGGCACCUGCUGCCCAUCCUGACCAAGGAGGACUUCCGUCGCCGCUCCGAUCUGCUCUACUCAUCGCCAGGCCUCUUCUCUUUCGACUCCCCCGAUGUCGUGGUGGUCAUGCUGGCCAUGGCCAUUGGCGCCUCAAUCCUCGAAGAAGAAACCCUGGCACAGUUUCUCUUUCAGCGGGCGUCACAGGGAGCCGAGAAGCUGGCCGAAUUGGUCAACAUCCAGGCAAUUCAUAUUCCAUUGCUGCAGGCACAAUUCCAGAUGGAGAGAUCUCGACCGCAUUCUGCAUUUUUAUAUGUUGGAGUGGCCACGAGGAAAGCAGUGGCAGCAGGUCUACAUAGGGGCAUCAGCAUCCGAGGUCAGAUGCGAGACUGCUUGCAGCGCCGUCUGACUUUUUGGAGUCUGUUCAUCCAAGAAACCUGGAUUUGCUUCUGCCUCGGACGUCCGACAUCCAUUUCAGAUCCAGGCAGUGGAGUUCCCGUGCCAGCCGAAGAAAAGUAUCUGCUGGCCCUUGUGAGGCUGGCAAGGCUCAUCUCGAAAUGUGCGGCACGUAUCUAUAACCAACGCCACGAGUCGCUACUCCACAUGUGGAACGCCGCAACGGAGCUUCGACACGAGCUUCAGGCGUAUGUGGAGCAGCAACUGUACGAAGUUCACCUCGAUAUCCAAGGAGAGCCGGGCACUGGCGAAUGUGGAUUUUGCAAGACCAUCAUGGCUUCAAUGUAUUACCAUGCUCAGCUAUUAAUGUUCCGCCCCUUCCUUGUUCUGAGGGGGAAACUGAGAAGCCCGGCACCCCAGGCCGGCGCUGAAUCCAGCGAUAAGCUUCGAGAGCUGACUUGGCUGGAUACUGCAUGUGAAUACUGCCUGGAGCCGGCUCGCCAGAUUAUCAAGUACAUCAACAAGUCCUGCGAGAUCAAUCCUCUUUGCAAGGAUACGAAAUACUUUUCCUUCUUCCUUGAAGGCGCCUGCUACGUCCUGGGAUUUGACAUGCUCCAGGACAAAACCAAAGUAGACACUCACCUGCCGUGGCUUCAUGUCGCUCUAGAGUGCCUCUCCACCAUG